UCUUCGCAAAGCUAAGAAGAAGGAACGUUCUGUCCAAGCUAUUUGUCCAUUCAGUCGUGAUCCGUUUGCUGAGUUCAAAUCUGAGUCUGAAAGAAUUAAUUUCUAUAAUGAAAUUAUGGAAGGAGUUAUUAGAGGUCACCAGUCUUUAUGUACAGUGACUAAGUACACACCGGAAAUUGAUAAAAAUUUUCAUCUGGAUUUGGAUUGUGGAUUGGAAGUAGAGAGAAAAUCUUGGCUCUAUCGUCUACAUGAACCUGGUCAAUGGCUUGAUGCCACACAUAUCCAGAGCAUUGAUUUUUAUCUGCGCCUGAAAGCUGCUACAUUUAAGUUUCCCCAAAAAUUUUCUACUUCCUGCACUUACUUUCCAAGUCAUCUUAAUGCCCUUUAUGAUUCUUACAAGUCCGGUUCAGGUGAUGUAUCAAAAGCAGCCAACGAUCAAUAUGUGAUUGAUGUUAUUGCAGGCGAUGAAACUCAAUACUUACGCCCGUGGUAUGAAUGUGACUACAUCUACUUUCCAUUUAAUCUUGUUUCUAAACAUUGGGUUCUAGUUGUUCUAGAUGUUAGUGCAAACACUCUGUUUGUGUACGAUACCAACAACAGACGUGCAUCCAUUCCAAAAUCUUUGUGUACUGAAAUGCGCGGUCUCAUUCACUAUCUUCCUCUCAUCUUGUCUCACAUGCGGUCUUGUGCCCAUGGACGUGUAUAUGGUGCUGUUGGUUCUGCCACUGUUAAAAUGGCCCAUGACGUCCCACAACAGACCAAUGGGGGAGAUUGUGGGCUUUUGGUGAUGAAGAUUGCUGAAGUACUUCAAAUGGACAUGGAUAUCCAGCUUGUGUGCCCCGACAAAGUCCCUUCUUAUCGAGCAAAGUGGGCUCAUGACCUUUACGUUCAUGGCACUUCAAUGGGAAAAGCUAUAGUUACACAUUCAUGUGUUGUUUAAGUUUGUUUGUAUUGAAUACUAAAUAUGUUCUACAAACUUGUAGUAGUCAAAACUUAACCUCUUUUUGUGACUUUUUGGAUUCAUUUUGAUGUUCCAUACUUAUGUACUUCAUUACUACUCUUGAAUAGUUACUUUGGUUUCAUGGUAUUGAUAAGUACUUUGAUUAGUUCUU